AUGGCGUACCAUACAGUGGAGGAAGUUCAAUGGAGUAUAGUCAGAAUUGGACAGCCAGAAGUUCCCGCAGUUAUUUUCGGAAGACCACCAAGCGAUUUUGCCGCCAAAGGCAAGCCUUUGCACUUCUUCGAAAUUUUCUUACCAAUUUAUGAGUUACUAGAUCGAAUUGGUGAUUUGCCUUUCUUUAUUGAUCUACGGUACCUUAACAUUGCUCUAACACUUAUAUUAGGAGAUAGAGCCAAAUCAGUAAGCGCACUGCAAUCUACAAACAUUGAUAUUGAGAGGACUGUUUGUACUUUCGGAGAUUCCGAAAUCGAUGUGGAAGUAUCAACUAUUGUUAGUCAUCUGACACUAGUGGUUGCAAUGAGAAUUGAAGGAAUGCCUUUUGCGUUCGUGAAUGACGAGCUGCGGACAUUAUCAGAUUUUAUUGUCGGGAGGAAAAAAUAUAGUGGAGGGGGGGGGGGGGGGGGGGGGGGGGGGGGGGGGGGGGGGGGGGGGGGGGGGGGGGGGGGGGGGGGGGGGGGGGGGGGGGGGGGGGGGGGGGGGGGGGGGGGGGGGGGGGGGGGGGGGGGGGGGGGGGGGGGGGGGGGGGGGGGGGGGGGGGGGGGGGGGGGGGGGGGGGGGGGGGGGGGGGGGUGGGGGGGGGGGGGGGGCGGGGGGGGGGGGGGGGGGGGGGGGGGGGGGGGUGGGGGGGGGGGGUGGGGGGGGGGGGGGGGGGGGGGGGGGGGGGGGGGGGGGGGGGGGGGGGGGGGGGGGGGGGGGGGGUGGGGGGGGGGGGGGGGGGGGGGGGGGGGGGGGGGGGGGGGGGGGGGGGGGGGGGGGGGGGGGGGGGGGGGGGGGGGGGGGGGGGGGGGGGGGGGGGGGGGGGGGGGGGGGGGGGGGGGGGGGGGGGGGGGGGGGGGGGGGGGGGGGGGGGGGGGUGGGGGUGGGGGGGGGGGGGGGGGGGGGGGGGGGGGGGGGGGGGGGGGGGGGGGGGGGCCCACAACCCUGAGAUCACUUACAAUCAAAGGAUGUGAGAAACUGGAGGAACUGCACAACCCCAUCCACCAUUUUACAUCUCUUGAUGUGCCGUCUAUAGAGUCUUCGCCUGGCAUCUUCUCCUCUCUGCGAACACCUUAUCAGCACAGCAGCAGGGAGUAUCAUUCUUCUUUUUUCCCCACCAACCUCGAAACACUUGUCCUUGGAAACACUACCGUCCCCUUUCUUGACAGUAAGCUCCUCGCCCAGUACUUGUGUUUCCACCGUCUCACCUCUCUCACAGAUUUGCGCAUUGGGGGGCCAGGCUGUGAGGAUCUGCUGCUGUCGUUGUUCUCUGACAAAGCUGCUACUACGGUGUUGCUCACCUCUCUGCGCUACCUGGUCAUCUACGAUUACCCAAAUCUAGAAAAACUAUCUUCCAAACCAUUUCAAAACCUCAAAAUCUCUCUUGAAAUCCUUGAAUUCAGCUUCUGCCCUAAACUCAAAUCCAUUCCCCUCCAUUUGCUGCCUCCCUCACUUCUCAGGUUGGGGAUCUACAGUUGUCCUCUGCUAAGAACACAACUCGCCAAGCCGAAAGCACGACUUUGGUACAAGAUUAGGGACAUUCCACGUGUCAUUCUGGAUGAGGAACUAGUAUACCGACCACAUGUCGAGGAGCAGUAUGGGAUGGAUUUUUACGAGCAGCACGGGAUGGAUUAUUUCGGCUGGUUACAGGCUUGAAAGGUAGCCGCUGGGGAGAAGCAACUGGAAGGUUAUGGUGGGAAGAAACUGGAAGGGGAUGAUGGAGGGUAUGCUUUCUGGGAUGCAAGUAUUAUAUAUGUGCAAGCUUUGUUUUCACAUGCACAGGUUCUGGUGUUAAAAAACAACUCCUGGGCAAUUUGGAAAAUGUGCUCUGCAUUGCUAUCCAGUGCUUGGGAGGCAGCAUCAUGAGUAUGACAAUCUAAACCUUUUUUGUAAUUUUCAUGAACUGCUUGAUUUCCAUAAAAAUGGGUUCACAAUGCCCA